UUUUUCAGUGUGUCUCACCUCUGUGACUUCCUGUAGAGUGUAAACUACUCUGGGCAGGGACUGUCCUGGAUAGCACCCCCUGCAUAAGGGUGCUUAUGAAAUAGUAAAAACAACACCAUGAGAACAGAAGAGGAUUGGUUGGGUGUAGGGGUUGGGUGCUGAAGGAAAAAGACAGAUCUCCAAGGGAAAGUGAGGGGAUUUGGGAGACAAAGGGAGGAGGAUUCACUGAGGGAGAUGGUGAAAGAACAAUUCAAAAGGCAGGAGAACCAAUCAAGUGCAAGGAGGAGGGAGUGGUUGACUCUGCCAAAGGCAGAAGAUGGAGUAAGGAGUCUGAGGAGUGAAAAGAGGCCCUUGGACUUGGCUGGAAGCAGAUCAGUAGUGACCUUUAGUCAGAGUGGUCUCAGUAGAGUAGAGUGGAGUGGGCUGAAGCCAGAUUGCAGAGGAUCCAGGGGAAAGCAAGUUAGAGAAGAGAACACUGAGGAAGCAGGCAUAGCCAGCACACUCAGCGCUUGGAUGUAAAGGCGAGGAGGAAGAUGGGAAGGUAGCAGGAGAGGCAAAAGCCAUCAAGGAUUGAAGUGGAUCGAGGAACGAAUGGAUGACUAAGUAUUCAUAUGAAGAGGAAAGCCAUAAAAGACAUCAACGCCUUUGAGAACAGAAUGUUAAUGCUUGAUGGGAUGCCGGCAGUCAGAGUUAAAACAGAACUGUUGGAAUCUGAACAAGGAUCUCCAAACGUCCACAACUAUCCAGACAUGGAAGCUGUACCCUUGUUGUUAAAUAACAUGAAGGCAGAUCCCCCAGAGGAUUCAUUAUCUACAGACCAUUUCCAAACACAAACUGAACCAGUGGACUUGUCAAUAAACAAAGCCAGGUCAUCCCCUAUAGCAGCCUCAUCUUCACCGGUUUCCAUGACAGCAUCAGCCUCCUCUCCUUCUUCUACUUCAACUUCUUCUUCUUCUAGUCGGCCAGCUUCCUCCCCUACGGUAAUAACAUCAGUAUCUUCAGCGGCAUCUGUGCCAUCAGUAUUAACUCCAGGCCCUCUUGUGGCCUCUGCAUCUGGUGUUGGAGGCCAGCAGUUUUUGCACAUAAUCCAUCCAGUACCACCUUCAAGCCCCAUGAACUUACAGUCCAACAAAGUGAGUCAUGUGCACCGCAUUCCAGUGGUGGUGCAGUCGGUACCUGUAGUCUACACAGCUGUGAGAUCACCUGGAAAUAUGAACAACACUAUAGUAGUACCGCUGUUGGAGGAUGGGAGAAGCCAUGUUAAAGCACAAAUGGACCCCCGAGGCAUAUCUCCCAGACAAAUUAAAAGUGACAGUGAUGAUGAUGACCUGCCAAAUGUGACCUUAGAUAGUGUUAAUGAAACUGGAUCCACUGCCCUCUCCAUAGCCAGAGCUGUACAAGAAGAGAGCAUGUGGGGCUGUGCCAGGUCAGCUGUUAACACUUUUCGUUUUUUCAACUCCAGUUCAAUUUCACCAUUCAGUAUUGAGAGCACAAGGCGCCAGAGAAGGUCUGAGUCCCCAGACUCCAGGAAGCGGCGCAUCCAUAGGUGUGAUUUUGAAGGAUGCAACAAAGUAUACACAAAAAGUUCUCAUCUGAAGGCUCACCGGCGGACACACACAGGAGAAAAACCAUACAAAUGUACCUGGGAAGGGUGCACCUGGAAGUUUGCUCGCUCAGAUGAACUGACAAGGCACUAUCGCAAGCACACAGGAGUGAAGCCAUUCAAGUGUGCAGACUGUGACCGCAGCUUUUCCCGUUCAGAUCACUUGGCACUGCACCGCCGUAGGCACAUGCUGGUGUGAGAAACGCUACUUGUUAAGUAGAGUAUAAGAGCUGGGUCUCUUAACUACGUGCAUUCAGCAGGGCUGAAUCCUCUUCUACAGUGUUAACACAAAGGACAUUCCAUGAUGUCCAUAACAAAAAAGCAGGAAAAGAAGUGCCACUCUUCUCCUUUCCAUCUGAAGUUAAAGCCCCUCAGCAUGGCAACCCCCCAAAAUGUCAUCAUGUUCACCUGGGAGAUAGCAACCUAAAUGCUACAAAAAUGGGCAUUAUUUUCCAUACUGUGUCCUUUAACAACAUUUUUGGCCGGUACAUUUUCUCAGCUGUUGGACAUUUUAUUCUUGAGAAUUAUUGCUAUUUUGAUGAUCAGAUAACACAAACCAAUGACAAAAACAAAACCUCUAGACCUUUAGUAUUCCAUUGUCUCCCCCUUUUUUGAGUAUCGUCUAAUCAGUAUAUAAAAUAUACCUGAUCUGUGCUACAAACAAGCUGCAUGAAAGUCAGUGAGAAGAUUUUGCUGGAGAAGUUCCACUGUCUGAAGUGUAGUGGCACUUAAGCAAACUUUUACAAUAAUGAUGGUGGCGUUUUACUAUUUCACCACAGUUUGUCAUUAUGACCUAAAGGACACCAAACAUGUAACCUUUUCUUUUUCUUAGAUUUUUUUUGUUGAAGUCUGUAAAACAAAAUGGGGUAGCAGCAUUUCAGCUGAAGUACAGUAUAAGCAUCUGUGCUCUGCUGUGGAUUUGUUUAGAACAGUUUGUGUAGAAAGACCCCAUCUACAAGCUACUGCCCUGUUUUCAAAGUGCAGUUUUUUGUCACCCAGGCAUCCUCCCCGUCUACAUACAUGUAUUUGAUUACAAGGAAACAGUGAAACAUAUCUUAUAUCCACUUGCACCAAGAUUAGUGGCGUGGCCAUCCAUAAAAUGGAAUUGAAUGUACCACUGCUAGUGAGGAAAAGCAGAAAAGAAACAGCUGCAUCUCAAACAGGUGAAAGCAAUAAUGAAUGAAAUGGCUUUCAAGACAAAAACAUAAUGAGGACUUGCAAAACCCAAUCUUUGUACCAACUAAGGUGGCCAUAAAGAACUAGCACAUUGGAUUUUUUGUGUUAUGUUGACAGCUUACGCUAUUCUUUCUGAUGUUUGUUGGCCUGCUAAGUACCACAGUUAUUUUCAUUCCCAUCAAAUAUAAUAGUUAUUUUGUGGCUGGAAAGAUGAGAUAGGUGAGGGCGUUGAGAAACCCCCACUGUUAAUGGGUUAAUAGAGUAGAAGAGAUGUUCUCUGAAAGAGAUCAUCCACAGGGUGCUAGUUUCCUCACUUGGAAGUACAGGAUAAGGAGACAUUAGUCAACCCUCCAGUAUGCUAUAAAUAACCCUUCACAUAGGAUCCAGAGGUUGCCGCUGCAGGCAUCUUCCACCCAAACCUCCUUAGUUUACGUGAAUGCAAAUUGUUUAUCCUUCCCAUGCAGCCCCAUAAUUUGAACCAAUUUGUAUUAAUUAAAUUGUAUGGUAAAGAGAGGAGAAACUCUUAGCAAGCAAUUGUUCUUUAAAACAGAACAGGGUUUUUUUCCUUCUUCGUGAGGAUCUGUUAUUCAGCUCAAAGUGACAAAGAGCCUUGGUGAAAUGUUGAGUUUGUUGAGAUGUUUAUAGUUCGGAGAUAAAAAGUAAACACAUAACAUCUUCUGCAGUACGUUUAAUUAUGAACACUUGGUUUCAGGAACUGCACAAAUUAAAUUCAUGAUGCCACUUGAUGCCAUGAUGUUUGACCAGUCUGAAUUAACUUCUGAUUCCUGAAAUAACAAUUAUAAUGUUAUAGGGCUUCUUAAAUCAAAACAAUCUUUAGAAAAAUUCAACCAGCAGCUGAGGAAGGCAUAACUAAACACUAAAACAAGUGCAAAUAAUUGAAGAAUAACGUUAAAGGGACACUACUGUAUAAAGAUUGGCAGGUCCAAAGUUUGAUCAUCCCUAAAUACAUUUGUAAAUGUUCUCCUGAUACUGAACAAUUGAUCAGCUCUCCAAAUAAUGGCAUCAAAAGGGUUCAACUCCUGCUCCCCAACUAAAAGAGCAGCACCAAAAAAAAAGUCUUUGUUGUCACUGCUUGCCUCUUCCACUUAUCGUUUCCUGUCCUAUUCUCAUGAUCAGGUAGGUUAUCCAAAUUCAAAAGAAACAUUUCGAUAUCUAGUAUCAGAGGGGUAGCCAUGUUAGUCUGAAUCUGUAAAAUCUGUAAAAAUCAACAGAGGGUCCUG